AUGGCCGCAGACCGUCUAAACUCGCUACUCAGCCACCUCCGCCCCUCAGGAAGCAGCGGAGUCGCUGCCAUCACACAGAAAAACCCCGAUGACGUGGUCAUCACCCUUGCGCUGCGGACGCCGCUCACCAAGGCCGUCAAGGGCGGCUUUAAGGACACGGAACUGGACUACAUGAUCUACGCGCUGCUGAAGGAGCUGGUGCAGAAGUCCAAACUGGACCCGACACUCAUCGAGGAUGUUUGUCUGGGCAACGUUAACGACGGUAAGGCUGCGUACCUCGUCCGCGCCGCGGCCCUCGCCGCGGGUAUCCCCCACACGGCCGGCGCCUCGUCGGUGAACCGGUUCUGCUCGUCCGGGCUCAAGGCGGUCCAGGACAUCGCGAACCAGAUCCAGCUGGGGGCGAUCGACAUCGGCGUGGCUGUGGGGGCGGAGCUGAUGUCGGCGGGCGGCGACCGGAUGCCCAAGCCGUUCAACGCGGAAGUGCUCAAGAGCCAGGAAGCGGCGGACUGCAUGCAGCCGAUGGGGCAGACGUCGGAGAACGUGGGGGCGGACUUUGGGAUCACGCGCGCGAUGCAGGACACGUACGCGGCGGAGUCGUUCCGGCGGGCCGAGGCGGCGCAGAAGGCCGGCUGGUUCGACGACGAGAUCGUGCCGAUCACGACGACGGUGAAGGAUCCCAAGACCGGGGAGACGCGCACCGUCACGCUCACGCGCGACGAGGGCAUCCGCUACGGCACGACGGCCGAGGCGCUGGGCAAGAUCCGGCCGGCGUUCCCGCAGUUCGGCGACCGCACCACCGGCGGCAACGCCAGCCAGGUCACGGACGGGGCGGCCGCGGUGCUGCUCAUGCGCCGCUCCAAGGCCAUCGAGCUCAACCAGCCCAUCCUGGCCAAGUUCGUGGGCGCGACGGUGGCCGGCGUGCCGCCGCGCAUCAUGGGCAUCGGCCCCACCGCCGCCAUCCCCAAGCUGCUGGCCAAGUUCCACCUCGCCAAGGACGAGGUCGACAUCUACGAGAUCAACGAGGCCUUUGCCUCCAUGGCCGUCUACUGCCUCGGCAACCUCGGCCUCGACCACGCCAAGGUCAACCCGCGCGGCGGCGCCAUCGCCCUGGGCCAUCCGCUGGGCGCCACCGGUGCCCGCCAGAUCUGCACGAUCCUCAGCGAGGCUCGCCGCACCAAGGCCAAGGUCCUGGUGACGAGUAUGUGCAUUGGCACGGGCCAGGGCAUGGCCGGCUUGCUGGUGAACGAGCAGGUUUAA